CUGACAGGAUUACACUAGUUUCCUCAAUUGAACACAGAGAAGUUAAACGCUCGGACAUCCUGCCGGAGACUCUCUUGCUUUUGGCUGAAUCAACAAGAAAAGACUGAGUUACUUUUCUACGACCGUGGUUCAGAUGUGUGUAAUUGACAUUUGUCGACACAUCCGCGCAGUGAUAACGAGAUUACAUUAUGUUCCGCGCUGCUGCAACACUAAUGAGUAAUGUGGUUUCUUAGCACACGCUCGCAUUUAAGCCAUCCUGCACGUCAGUUUACUUUAGUUUAGACCACAAACCGGCACGAUGACUCGGAUUUUCUGGGAUACAAUUUUUCUCAUAAGCGGUACUUUUACUUUUACUUCUGUGAUACUCAAUGGUUCCUUCUUUACAUUUGGAGCAGGACCGAGUAAUUCCACAAUAAUUGAAGCCAGCAUUUCUAUCGAUACAAACUCCACUGCUGCUCCGAACACCUCAACAAUCAGCUCUGCAACAACAACUCUCACUUCUAUCGCCCCUGCUACAACAACUAACACGCCUCAAGUUGAAAAUUCCCUCUUUACAUUCGAAGCAGGACUGAUUGAUUCGAUAAACAUAGAAGCCAGCAUUACCAUCCAUACAAAUUCCACUGCUGCUCCAAACGACACAACAAGCAGCUCUGCAACAACCAACAGCAGAAACACAACUACAACUAUCACACGUGCUACAACAACUACCGUCCAUCCAGUUAAAAAGUUUGUGGCUGCCGCUGUCCAGUCUCAUUUCGAUAACUGUCCAGACUCACAUCACCAUUUCUGCUUCCACGGAACAUGUCGCUUCCUGAUAUUAGAAGAAACACCUGCAUGUGUGUGUCACGAAGGCUUUGUUGGGAUGAGGUGUGAGCAUGCAGACCUGCUGGCUGUCGUAGCAACCAAUCACAGACAGCAGACCGUUGCCACAGUGCUGGUGUUGUGUGUGAUUGGGUGUGUCCUGAUCAUGGUGAUGUGUACACUUUUACACUGCUGGUGGAGGCAGGACUAUCGCAGGCAGAUCCGUGCACAUCACCACGUGACAGAGAAGCAUGGAGCAUCUUGCCAUCCUUCUGAGAGCGUGGUUUGAGAAGACGUCUUGCUGGAUGGAGAGCUCUCUGCAUCCGUCCGGCCCACCAAUCCUCAGGAUUACAUCCAAAGACUCGUCCAGAGGCAAAGCAGCGUUAUCGUCCAUGUGGCUGAGCGAGACCAGCUGGAUGUGGGAGGAUAAAUGUUCAGGGCCAUUUUUCCCACUGACUGGGCCCUUUGACCUACAGCACGGUAGGACGUGUUUACUUCUCUCUUCGAACCUGUAGACGUACACACAGAACUGCAACAGUCUGUUUGAAGCUCUGAGGAUGAAGUGGCUGCCCACAUGGGGAGGGUCCCAUGUGUCCUGGUGUCGGUUUGUGGCCAAGAGGACCCGGGAAUGAUCUCCGAGGCCAAUAAGCAUCCUGUGUGGAAGUCCAUUUGGAAAAGUGAUAUGUCUGGGCUGUGGGACAACAAAAAUCCAUUUCAAUCAGACGACUCUGAUUCCCAUUUCUGUCUUUUAAUAACUUUGAGCACUUUUCAUCAGAACUCUACAAGCACAUAGGACAUUUAAAAAAAAAAUGGUGGUGUUGGAAAAUUGAUGCUUCAAAAAAAGUUUUUUUAGUGUCCAUUUUUAAAGAAGGAACUCACUUCACAUGACAGGAAUGGUAAUAAGGAAAGACUGCUAAUGGAUUUAAAGCCCUGGACUUCAAUCAGUAAUAAUACACACAGGACAUACAAAAUGAUUUGAUGACUCCGGUUUGUCUACUGAAGCUGAAAUAUUAGUUUUAUUUUUUAAUCCUGAGCUGUACUUGAAGGUGUUCAUGCAUCAGAGGUGUUUUAAUUUGCAAGUUAUAACUGCACCACAUUCCUAUUGUAUUGUUGCACUUUUCCGCAUGCUUGCUUAAUGUUCAUAAAAAAAUUGCACUUACUGUACAAUGUAGUCGCUUGAAAAAGUGUCAACAUAUAGAGGGAUGCCAAAUACACUUUGCCUGAAUGAGCACUAAAGGGACAGGCCCUCAGUUUGUACACAUAAACCUGCAUGCAUGCUCUUAAAUCACUGCUUGUAUUUUUAAAAACACUGAACACUUUUUAUUUUUGAAAAGUGGUGUUUUAUAGUAUUGCAUCUGCUUUGGAUUUAAAUACUUUUAAAGAGAAAGCGCCUCUGAGGGUUAAUUUAAAACAAGAUAUUUAAGAUUUUCUUAAAAAAACUGGAAUAAUACAUAAUAUUGUUGCUAACUGACUCCAAUGUAAAGUUUGUAUGCGUUUUGUGUUAUAAAAAUAACCACAAAAUGAAUGUGAUGUGGUAUUUAUAUGCCAAAUCGAGGGGAGGACACUUUGUUUACAGUACGCGGUGACAUUUCCAUUCAGAAUAUGUUAAAGUUUGUUAUUAUGAGUAGAUGUGUAAAUGUAUGGUGUCGGUAUAAAGUCAUGGAAAAAGUUGAUCUUCUAAUCCAAUAUCAAUUAAUUUUGUGAGAUUUAUGUUUUCACAGUUGGAAAGCCUUUAUCUGCUGUCGUUUUCCAAUUAAGAAUAAAAAAUGCAAAUGUGUAUGUUUGCAUAUUUCUUAUUUAUGUGAUCAUUACCUGCUGCUCCAUCUCUCUAGUCUGAUUCAUCGCGUGACCUUCUUUUCAUUUCUGAAGCUCUUUCAUUUUUUUCUUCUCUUUCUCUGUAAAUACCCCGAUUUUCUGUCCCUCUGCUCCUCUAUUUUUCUCUUCCAAUGAAUAUUUCAAGACAUAGAAAUGGCAACAUGUUAGCCUGAACCCCGGGCCAAAUUCAACAAAGGGCUGAACCCUUGAGUGCAUUUAUAGCUGAGGGAAACGUUUCAGCCCUCUUCUGUAUUUCCAUUCAGUUUAUUUAUUUGUCUUUUUGAGUUUACAGAAUCUACACCCAUUCAUGUUAAAGCCUUUAUCCGAUGUGCAAGAAUGCGUCACAUGCAUCCUGUUUUUUUUUACUUCCAUUGUGUGUCAUUGGGUUGCCAUCUUUCCUCUUAACGUGCUGCAUCUCCUCGGCUCUUUCCUUUCGCUCGCCAUAUGAAGAGCAUCGUUUUGUUUUACAAUCCCAUUAUGUCUGCAAUUGGAUUUCAGUGGAGCCCUUCAGAGCCGUCUGGCUGAGCCACUAAACCAGCUUUGAAUUAAGGAGCUCUUGUGGGUGCUUUCCUACAGAUAAACAAUACACUUUAACAUAGGGAGAAGCACAAGUGGAAACACAUUAAAUGUAAUGGGAAAAAAAGGGAAAAGACAAUGUAAAAUAACAUUUAGUAGAUUUAAAUUGUGUAAUACAAGUGGUGUCAACUUGGGACAUUCCCUUUAACUCUUUAAAUCUGAUUUGGAAACAUGUCAAUCCUAAUUUCCCAUAAGAGGCUGAAGCUCUGCUUUGAAUGCAAUGCCAUGUGGGUCUUUUCCCUCUUACUGCCCUUUUGAUCCUCAGCCCAACAUAUCUGCCUCUGACCAGAUGGUUUGAAAUAAGAGUAUUUACAGUGGCAUUAGGGUUAAGCAACCGGACCUUUUUGCUGCUAAGCACUGAAAACAAAUCAUUAGAAAUGAUGAAAGCUCAGAGCUUCAGUUAAAGGGUCAGUUAACUUAAACACAUGAACAAAUGAUUGUACACCGGACAGCUUAAUGUGAUGUCUUGAUAUUUAUAUUCAUGUUUGCUAGUUGAUGAUUGAAGUUUACAUAUGUUUUAGAGAGUUUGACAUACGUUCUGUCUCCAUUAUCUGGUUUAAAUGGACAGGUUUACCCUAAGCUUUUUGGACCAUUUAGUCCCAUUUUAUUCAAGGAAAGGCAGCUGUUUUUUUAUUGA